UAGAGGCUGGGAAUGGACGAUGAGCACGUCAACUCACGAAACUUACUUCACCGGUGCAGGACAUGUUGGUUUGUAAGAUCAUGGACCCACACAUUGAUGUGUAUUUUAAAAGGGGGGAUUUAUCAAAAGGCCCCUCCAAACCUUCUAAUUCCAAAAAUGCAGCUCAGACUUCUUUAGCUACCCAAACUGUUGAGACAACCCAACUUCAGAGGAACUUCAGUCCAUUGCCUAUCCAAACUUCAGAGGAAGCCCACACUACAUUGCCUACCCGAGGUCCACCAAUAUCCCACACUCCACCAAUUACCCAAUCUCAAGAUCCAACUGAUCCAGCCCCUACAAUUUUAGGAAUCCAAUUUGUUGAGGAUAGUGAGACAGAUUCAGAUUAUUAGUGCUCAACCCCUGUGACUGAUAGCUCUUCAAUUCACCACUCUGAUUCCAACCAUCUAUGAUUGCUAAUGCUGGAAACUUUGAGGUUUGAGGAAGAUAGAGAACAACUAUUAGGUGGCAGAAGGAUUAGAAUACAAGUGUCAUGAUAAUAUGUUCAUUGUGAUGAUGUAAUUGUAAUAGCCUAUAGGGUUGAUUUUGCCUACUAUUGACACAUUUCGUUAAGUUUAUGGUUAAUGUAAUUGUAAAAGCCCAUUGGGUUGUUUUUGCCUACUAUUGACACAUUUGGUUAAGUGUAUGGUUAUGGCUAUGCUUUUGCUUUUCC